AGUUCGUAAAGCAUUCGCUAAUUGUGUAGACCGUGGAUCAAGAGUCUUAAAUUUUGAAAGUCGCAAAGAAAAUUAUCAAUUCUGAAGCGUAAUAUAUCGAAAGAUGUUUCUGUUAGCGGCGGCAAUAAUCUUGGCCACCAUUUUGGUGUUCAAGGGUGUCAGGAUAUUCAAUUACCUAGAUCACAUGGCUGGUAUUAUGGAAAUGAUACCGGGUCCAACGCCCUAUCCCUUUGUGGGUAACCUAUUUCAGUUUGGACUUAAGCCAGCCGAGUAUCCGAAAAAAGUAUUACAAUAUUGCCGGAAAUAUGAUUUUCGAGGCUUCCGUUCUUUGGUGUUCCUGCAGUAUCACAUAAUGCUCAGCGAUCCGGCCGAAAUUCAGAACAUGUUGUCGAGUUCAUCACUGCUGUACAAGGAGCACUUGUAUUCAUUUCUACAACCCUGGCUGGGUGAUGGCCUGCUCACCAGUUCCGGUGCCCGUUGGCUAAAGCACCAGAAGAUCUAUGUACCCGCCUUUGAGCGGUCUGCCAUUGAAGGAUACCUACGGGUGGUGCAUCGAACCGGCAAUAAAUUUAUGCAGAAGCUGAGACAACAGGCAAAAGCCUCAAGACCUUUUGACGCCCAGGAAUUGGUUGGCAAAUGUACUUUGGAUAUUGUUUGUGAAAACGCAACGGGCAAUGUAUCCAAUUCACUGAAUGACGAUCCUUCAGAUUUUCAUAGCGCCAUCAAAGACCUUUGCGAUGUCGUCCAGGAGCGCACUUUCAGCAUUGUGAAGCGCUUCGAUGCACUCUUCCGAUUGACCCCAUACUACAUGAAGCAGCGACGAGCGCUCAAGUUGCUCCGAACUGAAAUACGGCGGAUAAUAACUCAGCGGCAGGAACACUUGGCCAAGGCGAAAGAGAAUAAGAAUGCUGUGGAGCUGAGCAAUAAACCCUUCAUAGAUGUGUUGAUGGCCGCCAAGCUCGACGGAUGUGCGUUAAAGGAGCGCGAGAUUAUCGAAGAGCUGUCCACAUUUAUAUUUACAGGUCACGACCCCGUUGCCUCAGCAAUAUCCUUUACGAUCUACACGCUCUCUCGCCACCCCGAAAUACAGCAGAAGGUCUUCGAUGAGCAACAGCGCAUAUUUGGCAAGGAUCUAACUGGCGAAUCAGAUAUAGCCCGGCUGCAGCAAAUGCACUAUCUGGAGCUGGUUAUACGUGAAACACUUCGUCUCUAUCCAUCGGUGCCGUUGAUCGCGCGUACCAAUCGCAAAUCCAUCGACAUAAAUGGCACAAAGGUUGCCAAGCGCACAACGGUCAUCAUGUGUCUGAUUGCCAUGGGAUACAACGAACGCUAUUUUGACGAACCCUGUGUUUUUCGACCGGAACGCUUCGAGAAGACCAACUCGAACAGUGACAUUGAAGCCUUCAAGAGUGUGCCGUUUAGUGCCGGGCCCAGGCGUUGCAUUGCCGAAAAGUUUGCCAUGUAUCAGAUGCAGGCGCUGCUCUCUCUGCUGGUGCGACACUUUGAAAUCCUGCCAGCCGUGGAUAAUCUGCCCCCAGGCAUUAAUGACCACUCGCGCGAGGAUUGUGUGCCGCAGAGCGAAUACGAUCCGGUGUUGAACAUUCGCAUAACACUCAAAUCAGAGAACGGAAUUCAAAUCAGACUAAAACAGCGUACAGGAAUGCAAUAAAAUAAUACCCAGCUCUGACUAUAAUUUAUUACAAUCAAUUACUCGAUGCUCUUCAGCGGAGAGCACUGCUAAUUGUUUCUACAUACAAUAUGUAUUGAAAAUGUAUAGAAAAAAAAUACACAGUUGCUUCACAUUAAGUAAUUACCAUUAAAUAGAUUUAGGUCAAAUUUAUACGAACAAAAGUUACUCAACUGUCUUUAAAGUAUUAAAAAUAUCACUGAUAACUUGGCAAUAAUAAAGCUAAAUAUUAAACAUUUAA